AUGUUUAGAGUCAAGAUCAUCUCUCAGAAACGUACAAAAAGUGUACAGAUGCUAGAAAACGAUCAACUUGAUAUUUUGGGACAACAACCUUCGCUAUACAAACUAUACACUCAAAUAUGCUCUAUCUACCGUGUACCAGAUCCUUCUGCUCAUGACCAUAUCGUAAAUACCUUAACAAGAGGACUUGAAACAUUGGCUAAAAAUUUCCAGUGGCUAGCAGGAAAUGUCGUAAAUGAAGGUGCUGACGAAGGUAACACUGGUACCUACAGAAUUGUCCCGUCAGACAAAAUUCCACUUAUCGUCCAAGAUCUUCGAGAAGAUCUGUCUGCCCCAACAAUGGAUUCGCUUGAAAAAGCUGACUUUCCUAUCUACAUGUUAGACGAAAAGACUUUUGCGCCUUGCAUGACUAUCAAUCCACCUGGAAACACUAUAGGUAUGGCCGCCAAGAGUGGGCCUGUAUUUGCAGUUCAAGCAAACUUUAUCUCCGGCGGCCUCGUCUUAACUAUUGUCGGGCAGCACAAUAUUAUGGAUAUAACAGGACAGGAAAGUAUCAUCAACUUGCUCAAUAAAUCUUGCCACCAAAAACCUUUCUCUGAUGAAGAACUGCUCAUUGGAAAUAUAGAUAAAAGCAAAUCUAUUCCUUUGUUUGAUGAAACUUGGGAACCCGACACCACGCUAGUUCAUGAAAUAGUGGAAACCUCUAGAAAUACAAGUGGAGAGGAAAAGGAACAGUCUUGUUCUUCGAACUCUACUUGGGCUUAUGUUGAAUUUUCUGCUAUCUCAUUGCAGAAUCUGAGGAUUUUGGCAAUGCAGACAUGUACUUCUGGCACAAAAUUUGUCUCCACUGAUGAUAUCGUCACUGCUUUCAUCUGGAAAUCAGUUUCUCGAGCCCGUUUAUCUCGACUUAAACCAGAAACGAAAUCAAAUUUAGGGCGUGCUGUGGAUGUUAGAAAACGGCUAGGACUCCCCGAAACGUAUCCAGGGUUAUUAGUCAACAUGACCUUUAAUACAGGUUCCCUGAAAAGCUUGGAUCAUAAAAGUUUGGGCGUUCUUGCAUCACAGAUUCGCAGGAAGCUAGACCCUAAAGUCUUCGAUUUGGCCUAUAAUACAUGCGCACUUGCUACGCUCCUUAGCCGAUGCCCGGACAAGACUAAGGUUUCUAUACCUCAACCAAUUGAUACUUUAUCUGGAAUUAUGGUCAGUUCGUGGGCAAAAGUCAGCCUGUAUGACGUUGAUUUCAAUCUAGGGCUUGGGAAGCCCAAGAGUGUACGACGGCCGCGCUUCAUUUCCCUUGAGAGCCUAAUAUAUUUUAUGCCUAGAUCCUCCAGAGGUGAAAUGGUGGUUGCUCUUUGCCUUAGAGAUAAAGAUUGGGAGUGCCUGAAUGCGGAUAAAGAAUGGACAAAUUAUGCUACACAUAUAGGAUGA